UGCCGCCGGGGAGCCGCGUCUCGGUGGAUUUCCGGAUCUUGGGUGUGGGGGACGAGGUUGGGGCUUCCAAACCCCUGGAAGACGACGGCUGGGGACCGAGUGAUGCUAAGCUACUUCUUCCUCAUGAAGGCACUUCUUGCUCUUGGGUCCCUGGCGUCCUGGGUAACAGCAGGAGAGCACGAAUUAAGUGGUGGAUGUCCUGCUGACCCUCUUCCCUGUAAGGAGCUGUGUGAUGGGGACACAUCUUGUCCCCAGGGACACAAAUGCUGCAGCACUGGGUGUGGCCACGCCUGCCGAGGAGACAUUGAAGGAGGGCGGGAUGGUCAUUGUCCCAGAAUUCUGGUGGGCCUGUGUAUUGUCAACUGCAUGGUGGAUGAGAACUGUCAACCUGGGGAAAAGUGCUGCAAGUCAGGCUGUGGCCGCUUCUGCAUCCCCCGACUCCAGCUACUCCACCUGCCCAAAGACUCCAACUUCACCAAUCGGUCUACAUCUGAAUCAGAAUUUCAAGCACCCUAGCUGUUCUGACUUGUCUGGAAUCUUCUGGAAGCCAAGAAGGGGUGAUGUCCUGGGGCUUGUGACACUCCCACAGAUAUCAGGCCUUUUCCUCUUUGCUUCUGCUGCCUGGAGCACACAGAACAGCCCUGGGGACAGGUGCUUCUCUUUCCCAAUAAAAGACUGGCAUGGA